GUUAAAAAAUUAAGUAAAACUAAAUUUAAAUAAUUUUUUCUUCAUUCAUAUAUUUAUUAUUGUACUCACUUAAUGUUGUUUUUAGAGAAAUAUAAUUGCUUAGUAUGAGUUAUGAGCAGUGCAGUAGGAGUUACUAAUUUUUUAACUUUUCGCCUGGUAAAUUAUUUUUAAUUUGACUCAAAUGUCAGUUACGUUGCAUACCGAUCUGGGAAUUAUAAAAAUUGAACUGUUCUGUGAAUCCUGUCCGAAAGCUUGUGAAAAUUUUCUUGCACUUUGUGCUAGUGACUACUUCAAUGGUUGUCUCUUUCACAGGAAUAUCAAAGGAUUCAUUGUGCAAACUGGUGAUCCAACGGGAACGGGAAAAGGUGGCAAUUCAACAUGGGGAAAAAAAUUUGAAGAUGAAUUUAAAGAACAGUUGAAACACACCACUAGGGGCAUGAUUUCAAUGGCAAAUAACGGACCAAAUUCUAAUGGUAGUCAAUUUUUUAUUACUUAUGGUCCUCAGCCACAUUUAGAUUUAAAGUAUACUUUAUUUGGCAGAGUAAUUGAUGGAUUGGAAACGCUCGAUGAACUGGAAAAAGUAUCAGUUAACCCAAAAAAUUAUAGGCCGACAAAUGAUAUAAGGAUAAAUAGUGUUACUAUCCAUGCAAAUCCAAUAGCUGGUUGAAGUCAUAUUUUAUAUGUGAUAAUGUAUUAAAAAAAAUAAAUAGGUACUAGAUA